AUGAACACAGCUUACAUUGAAAAUAUGUUUGUCGUCAAGUUUGUUCUGCUGACAUUUCGGCUACUCGGAUUGGCACCAAUGACGAUCUCUAAAUCUCAAGCAUCAGAUCAUUGGAAUCCCAAGAGGAAAAUAACGAAGUUGACCUUUUCUUGGUCGCGCUUGGGUACAGCGUACAAUCUCAUCCUGAUCCUGGGAUUUUUGAUGGAAUGUUAUCGGCAGAUACCGAAGAUUAUGACAAUCGAUGCUGUGGACAAGACAACGUUGUCGCAGAUGUAUCGAAACAGCAUAAUUACUUGUGCCAACACCCUCCUCAUCAUUCUAUUACUGACCUUCUGCUUGCGCCAGCGAAAGAUCAUCAAAAUCGGCAAUCAAAUCGUGGAAAUAGACAGUACUUUGGUUGGACUGCGUGGAAUUUAUCAGCUAAAACCUGGAAAGACCUACAUUCUUCUCGUGUUGGGGCUGAAUCUCAUACUUAAUGUCUUACUCAUUGCGAUGAGGCUGACUGCGCUUCAAGAUAUGACGGGCUUCAUGACUAUGGUUGUCUUCAACACUGUAGUAUUCAGUUUCUUCAUCCUGCAAUAUGCCCUCGUUGUAUUGGUCGCCGAGAGACGAUUCGCGGGUUUGAACGAAGCUCUCCUGUCCUUGGAAACUAAGGCUGUUAUGAUCAACGACAGCAAUCGAUUCCAACUUGCCGAUCAACGAUCAACCGUCGUCAGUAUUAUUGUGAUUAAACGUGCGUAUGGAAAACUGUAUGAACUCUGCUCGGAAAUUUCCAGCCUCUACGCGCCCUUCACGAUAUUCAUCGUUAUUUACUUCUCCACAUCGCUUCUGUUUGCCCUCUAUAUUAUAUUCUUUAAUAUGACUCGAGGCCAUCUGGGAGCGCUGCCAACCGUCAUUGACUCCAUUUGGAUAUCUGUCAGGAGCUUUCCGUUUAUAUUAUUAACGACCAAUGUUAGGAAAACUCACAUACAGAUGCAAAUCACCUCGGACAUCACUCACAAACUGCACUCGAAAUUUGCGGCACAUCGGGAGAUUAAAACCGAACUGAAGAACUUCACCGUCGAUCUGAUGCACAGGAAUUUUCAAUUCACGGCGUACGGUAUAUUCCCGAUCGACUAUUCGCUCUUGAAAUCAAUAGCCAGCACAAUCACAACGUAUCUUGUCAUCUUCGUCCAGUUCCAGCUGGCCUCGAGCAAACACGAGCCAAAGGAGAAAAAAUAAUUCGAAAUAAUCAUGUCGACUGAAUAUCAUUUCUACAAAAUCAAAUAUCUUCAUCCAC